ACUACUCCCCUCCCUUACUCAUGCAGAUCGCUACACACUAGUGAGAACGAGUGGAAUAUGCUCGGCCUCCACCGCCCGCACGGCACAACCGCCGCGCGAAGAGCUCCAUGCUGCUCUAAACUUAGCCCCCUUCCGACCGCUAUAAGACCAGAUUUUCCUCCACAAAAACCACUCUCGUUGAUCACUCCGCACCCCCCUCAACUCUCUCUAUCGAUCGAUCGAUCGAUCUGUGCCUCCAUCCCCGAUGCCCCCAUCAAGAUCUCAUCAUCAGGAUCAUCUCCCUGCCGCCGCCGCCGAGUGAAAUCAACUAGUGUAUGCCUCUCACUGUGGCUGAGAUCAAGUGACCGAGGAAGAAGACGAAGGAGACGGCGGCCGGCGGUGUAAAGCUGUAUAGCUAGCUCUCUAGCUCUGCGUGUGCUCGGUCCCCGCGCCGCAGUGCUGUGCCUGUGCCUGUGCCUGUGCGCUAUCUAGCUGUGGAGAUGGAGGCGCGGCUGCGGCUGCUCGUCGUCGUCGUCGUUGUUGCCGGGCACUGCGCCGCCGUCGCGUCCGCCGCCGGUAACUCGUCGGUGGUGGGGUACCACGGGGACCCGACGUUCAACGUCAGGAACUACGGCGCUAAGGGGAACGGCCAAACCGACGACAGCAAGGCGCUGAUGACGGCGUGGAAGGCGGCGUGCGCGGCGACCGGGGCGGUGACGCUGGUGCUCCCGCCGGGGACCUACUACAUCGGGCCGGUGCAGUUCCAUGGCCCCUGCAGCAAGGCCACCACCAUGACCUUCCUCAUGCAGGGGACGCUCAAGGCGGCGACCGACCUGAAGAGGUUCGGCAACGACUGGGUCGAGUUCGGGUGGGUGAACCACCUCAUCGUCUCCGGCCAGAACGGCGCCGCCUUCGACGGCCAGGGCGCCGCCUCCUGGCCCUUCAACAAGUGCCCCAUCCGCAAGGACUGCAAAGUCCUCCCCACCAGCGUGCUGUUCGUGAACAACAAAAACAUGGUGGUGCAGAACGUGGCGUCGGUGAACAGCAAGUUCUUCCACAUGGCGCUGCUGCAGUGCAGCGGGGCGAAGAUCAGCGGGGUGAAGAUCAGCGCGCCGGAGAGCAGCCCGAACACGGACGGCAUCCACAUCGAGCGGAGCAACGGGGUGUCCAUCGCGGACACCACCAUCGCGACGGGCGACGACUGCAUCUCCAUCGGGCAGGGGAACGACAACAUCGACGUGGCGCGCGUCCACUGCGGGCCGGGGCACGGCAUGAGCGUGGGCAGCCUCGGCCGGUACGUCGGCGAGGGGGACGUCACGCGGAUCCACGUCCGCGACAUGACCUUCCACGGCACCAUGAACGGCGUCCGCAUCAAGACGUGGGAGAACUCCCCCACCAAGAGCAACGCCGCCCACAUGCUGUUCGAGAACCUCGUCAUGAACGACGUCCAGAACCCCAUCAUCAUCGACCAGAAGUACUGCCCCUACUACAACUGCGAGCACAAGUUCGUGUCCGGGGUGACGAUCAAGGACGUGCAGUUCAAGAACAUCAAGGGGACGGCGACGACGCAGGUGGCGGUGCUGCUCAAGUGCGGGGUGCCGUGCCAGGGCGUCGUGCUGCAGGACGUCGACCUGCGGUACAAGGGGAACGGCGUCUCGUCGUCCAAGUGCGAGAACGUCAGGGCCAAGUACGCCGGCUUCCAGAACCCCAAGCCGUGCCCGUAGCCCCAUGACGACGAUCUGUGACGAGAUCGUUAAUUUUUUGCAUGCUGUCUUGGCAAGCAUGCACCUAGCAAGCAACAAAGACACUAGCUUAGCUAGCUCCGAUUAAUGUGUCGUGCACUGAGCUUAAUUAAUUUGUGAUUCUUUUCUUUUCCCUUUAUGCUACUUAGACGAUUUUCUUUUCUUUUCUCCUUCAUGUACGUUUCUUAGACGAUUUUGUUGCUUUGAUUUUUUUUUCCCCUCUCCCUUGACGCUUAAUUAUAGUGGAUUCUGUACGUGGUAUAAGUGAGCUGCCGAUUACUGGCAUUAGUUUCUGAAUCACUCAACUUGUGAAUACCCCAAUGUCAUGCUUAAUUAAUUGGAACAAAGACUAAACUGUCUCAAAA